GUCCUCCUCCAUACUGCCUUACCUGAGCACAGGGCACGUUUCCACAUGUUCACUCAGCAAGAAGGUGUUUUGCCUGACUUGUUUAGCUGUCUGUUUUCGAUAUUGGUUGUAUGUUGCUCCUCAGAGGAAUUCAGAGCAAGGAUUACUGGCUUUCAGACAACUAGGAAAGAAAGAUAAAGGGACAUCCAAUGGGGGUACCUUUAUUUGGUGAUAGCAAACCCUUCUAUUUCCGGAUCUGGAAUGGACUAAGUCAGAAGCUGCAAGGCAAAAAGUCCUGGGAUAAACAUCUGGAUGAAAUCUACUUACUCCAGCAGAAAAGGAUCUGCGAGUCCCCACUCCUUCAGGCUGCCAAGGAGAACAACAUCCCAGUCAUUAGGAAACUUCUCACUGAUGGAACAUGUGAUAUUUAUCAGAGAGGUGCAGUGGGGGAGACUGCCCUUCAUGUAGCUGCCUUGUAUGAUAAUGUGGAGGCUGCCCUGGCUCUGAUGGAAGCAGCUCCAGAGCUUGUCAAUGAGAGGAUGACAUCAGAACUCUAUGAAGGUAACUCAAAGAAUGAGGAUGGAAAGGUUUCUUUGCAAGGGGAGAGAGGAUGUUGUAACUGUUUCUAUUCAGGAACUGGUCAUUAUUCACACAUUUCUGGACUUAAUAUUGUUUCCUCCAUCCCCUUCCUUGCAGGAGAACAUGUUUUGUCAUUUGCUGCCUGUGUGGGAAAUGAGGAGAUUGUACAGUUGCUCAUUGAAAAUGGAGCUGACAUUAGAGCUCAGGAUUACCUGGGUAACACCGUUCUUCACAUCUUAGUUCUCCAGCCUAAUAAGACAUUUGCCUGCCACAUGUACAGCCUCAUACUUUCCCAUGAUCAGAGCAAAGAAGGACCAAGAUCACUUGAGUUGAUUCCUAACAAUGAGGGGCUUACUCCAUUCAAACUGGCUGGAGUUGAGGGCAACACUGUGAUGUUUCAAUACCUCAUGCAGAGGCGGAAGCAUAAUCUCUGGUCCUUUGGCCCCUUGACCACUGUGCUCUAUGAUCUCACAGAGAUUGACUCCUGGGCUGAAGAUCAGUCCUUCCUUGAGCUCAUUGUCUCAACCAAGAAGAGAGAGGCACGCCAGAUCUUAGAUUUAACACCCGUGAAGGAGCUGGUGAGCCUGAAAUGGAAUAUGUAUGGACGGCCCUAUUUCUGCUUCCUGGCUUUAUUCUAUGUACUCUACAUGGUCUGCUUCACGAUGUGCUGUGUCUACCGGCCACUGAAACCUCGAACAGGCAAUAAAACAAGCAGUAGAGACAAUACAGUCUAUGUCCAGAAAAUGCUGCAGGAAUCUUAUGUAACAUAUGAGGAUGAGUUGAGGCUGGUGGGGGAGCUGAUCACAGUUAUUGGAGCUGUAGUAAUUUUGAUCCUUGAGAUCCCGGAUAUCCUUAGAGUUGGAGCAGCAAAAUACUUUGGACAAACCAUCUUAGGAGGACCUUUCCACAUAAUUGUUAUCACAUAUGCUUGCAUGAUUCUGGUAACCAUGGUGAUGCGUCUUACCAGCACUACUGGUGAGGUGGUGCCCAUGUCCUUUGCCCUGGUACUAGGAUGGUGCAAUGUCAUGUACUUUGCACGAGGCUUCCAGAUGCUUGGGCCCUUCACCAUCAUGAUCCAGAAGAUGAUAUUUGGAGAUCUUAUGCGCUUUUGCUGGCUCAUGGCUGUGGUGAUACUAGGCUUUGCAUCAGCUUUUUACAUCAUCUUCCAGACAGAGAACCCUGAAAACCUUGGGCAGUUUUACAACUAUCCCAUGUCCUUGUUCACCACCUUUGAGUUGUUUCUCACUAUCAUUGAUGGCCCUGCAAACUAUGAUGUGGACCUGCCUUUCAUGUACAGUGUGGUAUACUUUGCCUUUGCCAUCAUUGCCACCCUCCUUAUGCUCAAUUUGCUAAUUGCCAUGAUGGGUGACACCCACUGGAGAGUGGCCCAUGAACGGGAUGAACUCUGGAGAGCCCAGAUUGUUGCUACUACUGUCAUGCUGGAACGAAAGCUGCCACGGUGUCUCUGGCCUCGCUCUGGGAUCUGUGGACGGGAGUACGGACUGGGGGACCGAUGGUAUCUCAGAAUAGAAGACAGGAUUGAUCCCAACAAACACAGGAUGAUGCGAUACACAGAAGCAUUUAAGACUCACGACAGGGAUAACUGUGACAAAAGUCAGGAAAAGCUGGAAGUUGAUAGGAACAGCCUGUACAAGAAGGACCUGUCCGAUCCAUCAUUGUCAAGAGGCACGUCUAGGACUAAUUCUCAGAGUGGCUGGGAUAUCCUGAGGCGCAAUACUUUCCACCAACUUCAUGGAGAGAUCAAUCAUGCCAUGGAAGAAGAAGUCUAUAAUGUCUAAAGUUCUUCAUUCAUUCCACAACAUGGAUUGCAUUUGCCACAGCAGUUGUUUCCUCCAACUGUUCAUACACACUCUGGCAUGAUACAGAUUCAACAGCCUUGAAGAGCUCUGCGAGCACAUCACAGAUUGUUCAUGGCAUCUAUGCUAUGAUACAUAGAUUCAGUCUUUUUCUCCUACCUUUUAGGUGUCUCUGCUGCUAUAUUACUAUUUGUGCCAAGGUAGUUGGCUUGUGGAGCUAAGGCUUGUGAUAGUUUGUAAUGCUUUUAAACUCCCACAGAAGUGAGAAAUAGAAGCCAGCACUGGAAUUUCAAAGAUUUACUAGGAGGCAGUCAGUAAGACCUCUCCCAGAGGGUAACAUAUAUGCGGGUCACUUCAAAAAUAAUGCAUCCUGUUUAUUUCCAUGAAAAAUAUAACAGAUACAAGGACCAUAAUAACAUUGUUUGAUAGAGCAAAUUCUCAGCUACAAAACAGUUUUUCAAAAUAGCCACCACCGUUAGCUUUGCAUUUCUGCCAGUCAUGAACAAAAGCCUGCAUGUCAUGCUUGUAAAAGUCUGCACUAGUGGAAAUGAUCAGCUGUCACUGUCGCCACACUGAAACGCAUGAUUCAUCACCUCAGUGUGCUCACAUCCACUGUUUGCUUUCCAUAAUUGUUCAGCAAACAUAGAUGAAUGUCAGUGCGUGCAAUCAUUUCCACAUGGAAGAAUUCAUUUCCUCACCUUUGCUUCCUACACACUUCCGUGUCAGAUGUCCUUUUGUUAGACUGCCCCUCUGCUGCCACCUGUUACAUGGCAACAAAAUGUAAUGGUAUGUUGGUGGGAAGGUUCAGCCUUUACUGCCAUACCACCAACAUCUGCUUCUGAUGUUGUGGGACAACAUAACAAAAUAGGAAGCAUUACUUUUUCAUCAGUUCUUGGAUAAUUACUCCCUCUCACAGUAUCCCAGUGCUCUAAUAGCUGAUACAGCUGACUGAAGUACUGGUUUAUGAUUUGACACAGAACUGAAAAUAAAAUCCAGCCAGACCUUAUAAUCAAGCUCAGGAAUGAAGGUAGUUGCUGAUACUAUGAUGAUUUAAAGGCCUUUAACCUUUCAAUUGGCAUUCAAGGCCUGGCAUAUUUUGUCCUCUGAAGAAUGGCAAAUUCUAUUAGCUGCAUUUUCAACAUUUCUGUUUUAUCAGGACUGUUCUGUUUGUUUGUUUGUUUGUUUUUAAUUUUAUUUAUUUAUUUUUGUCAUAUGAAUGCACUUUAAGCUGUAUGGCUUUUUAAAAGAAGUGAUUUCUAUUCCUGGGAGAAUCUGAAGGAUCUGAAGUGGGAACUUUUUUCCUAUUGAGAGGAUAUAAUAAGGUGAUCUUUGAGGGCUUCUACCAACAGAACUCUUCCUCUUCCUCUCCUCUCCCUCUCCUUUUCCUCUUGUCUCUUUUCUCUCUUCUUUCCUUUUCUUCCCUCCUCCAUCCUAUUCUAUUCUGCCUUGUCCUGUCCCAAUCUGGUUAGGUGCUUUUUAGUGGUGUGGUAUUUAUUAAGCACCCAAGUGAGCUGAAGCUGGUCUUGUGCUUUCUUUGGAAGAGUAGGGUUCUGGAGUGUAGUGUUUAGUUUUACUACUGAACCAUCAAGGUUAGUAGCAUUUCAAUGUAGCAGUGAUUGAAAUGGAGAGGAAAUGUUGAAAAAAAAUAAAAUAGUAAUAAUAAGAACUAUUCAAAAGGCAAUUCAGAAACUCCUCAGAAAGUCCCAAACUAUCAUUACUAACCCAUAAAAUGACUAAUUCAUCCAGACAAACAUGCUUUAGUCCGUCAGUUUGUCAUCUGCCUGGGGUGUCUUUAAGAUAACUUGAGAAAUACCCGGAGAAUUAGAUUGUCAUUUCAGGGGUUUUAGGGGUUUUUUUUAGGAGCGUGGAGUUUCAUUCCAGUAGCAGAAGUGUGUGAAAAGGAGAACAUGGUCUCAACAUUUCCUUUCCAACAGGACUAGUGAUAAAAAUUUUGUUUUUGAAGAAACCAAGGAUUGUAAUCUAGUGCUAGGCUUUGACCCAAACCAUCUUGCUAUAAGUAAAGCAGACAGUGAAAAAGUUGGAUACAGUGGUUUUCUGACUAUAUUGAAAUAUCACUGCAAACAUCUUACACAUUUUCUCCUGCAGGUGCAGUAUUAAGCAUCAUGUUAUUUGCAACAAUAAGUAUUUAUUUGAAUGUAUUUCUUCUACUACUUGGAUGUGUAGUUAUACACCAAUAGAAGACUGGCAGAAGACUGUCUCUCUGUAAUUCAACUAUAUACUUCUGAGUUGUUAUGUUUGGUUGAAUUGAAAGUUUUGAUCAUCUAAGUAUUGUCACCUCUUCCCUAAAUAUUUGGGGUUUGCACUGGUGGUCCAAGGAGAUGGGAACAAUAUAGCACAUUAACCAGAAGUGUGAGUUGCCACUAUGGUUUUAAAUGCAUUUUUUUUCACACUGAAUGGGAAAUAACAGGAAAAGGAGAACUGAUGUCUUCCCUUCUACUGCUGCAGUCUUGUCAUUAGCUUGAAAACCUGUAGAAAUUCAAUUAAGAUGGAACUGAAUGUGGCCAUUUCUGCACAAGAACUUCUCUUUGCGAUUCUUUAAUAAUAUUAGUAAAUCAAAAAGUCCUGUUAGAUGUGUAAGCUGCGUAAGCCCUGUCUCUGAGAUUGAGUUUGUUUUUUUCUGCAUCACUGUAAACAAUAAUGAAGAAUUUGACCUCAUAACUCAAAACAACAUACUGACAGUGCAGGAGGCAGGAAGGAACUCAGUUAACAGAGAUAAGCCUUUACAGAUUUCUGAAUCUGCUCUGCAUAAAGAGAAAAACAUGAAUCAACAGAAAGUCAGCUGAAGGUAUUUUAAUUGAAUGUCUUUUUGUAAAAAAAAGAGUUGACUUUCAGAAUCUUUGCACAGAACCCAUGCAUAAAAAAAUCUGCAUAAUUUAUUUACUGUACUUGACAUUGCCUUAUGUAAAUAAAAGCAGAGAAAAUGUGCUAAUUUUUAUUAUGUUUUAUAAAUCAUUGUAGACCAAGUCUACUUACUCUAGUCUAGAGCUGAAUCACAGCUAUUGCAAUUUGGCUUCCGCUUUCCUGGGGUAACUUGAAUAUUAAAUAAGGUAAUAAAUAAAUUAAAAUUGGAAAAAAUACAAGAGGGAGCAGAAUCUUUUAUUAUAAGUAUCCUGACAGCAUCUGAAUUUCUUCCAUUCUUUGAGGCAACAUAAAGACAAACAGCUCCAGAAUGCCAUUUUUUCUUUAACCCCCGUCUUUCAUUUUCAGAGAAUCACAAAAUUGCAGGCAUUGGAAGGGAUAGCUGGUUAAUCAGACAACUUUGCCUAGUAUUUUUUUUUUUUUUCAUGAGAAGUUGUGCAGACCAUUCUAAACACUGUUUUUUUGUCUGGAGAAUCAGCUGUUAUAGAAAAAAAAUCAGGUGAUAAUGAUCAGCAGAAAUAACAGGUCCAGCAAAAGAUAAAUAUAUUAAAUUUGUUUUGUAAGUUAAGCCAUAUACACAUUUACCGUGCCCACAUGAACCUCAGGAGGCACCAGACAAACAUUUCAGCUGGCUUAAUGCAAUCUGACUCAGAAUGGGAAACAGCAAUAUUUGCGAUAACUCAAAAGGUAAAGCAUUUCUGAUGUAACAAUCUGCACAAAUAUACUGCUCUAGGAUUUGCUUCAGUGAUUUGUAUUUCAUGAUUUAUCCUAAAAUUCUAAAGCAGUAUUUUCUUGCUGUUGCAGUGUGUCUUUCCUCUCCCUUCUUCUAACAACGCUGCAGUAAUUUCAAAACAAAUCUUCCUGCCCUCCUUGAAUCUGCUACCCUCAAAAUACUUCCUAAGCCACUGAAGUAACUUUUGAUUUUACGAUAAUGCAUCAAGAAAAAAUGCUUUUACCCAGCUGCAUGUAGUAAAAUGUGAAGUAUUUAGCUGAAAGUAAAAACUUAAAUGUAUGAACUGUCUUGUCUACUCUUUUGUGUCUAAAAUAAAUAUAAGGUGAUAAUUUCUGUGUUUGUUUCUCUAGAAAUG